AUGAUGGAUCUGUUGCAGAGCUUGAAGAGUAUCUUGGCCGGCCUCGAUACCAAGAGCGCGAAAAUCAAAGCCUAUGGCUUGGAUAAAGUGGACCUCGAAUCCUACGUCGACGUUGCUGAGAUUCCAAACCCAGCAUCGUACACCUCGGCUCCCGAUUUGGUUGCAAAAAACGGGCAGGUGUUUAAAUUCAAACAAAUGCCCGACUCUGCGCUUGAGAAUGGCAACGGUGAAUAUGGUACGUUAUUACUGGAUGUCUCCACUGACACGGACGUUAUCUUGACGUCUGAAACAAAUGCGUUUCAAGUGGAUAUAUCGACGAAUUGGAGUUUUGCAACUCAAGCCUCAGCUAGUUCCAUGUCGAGUGGUGCUAGAGAUGCUAGAGGCAUCCAUCUAUUCUCGGAUGAUGUAUUUGACGCAUAUUCACCGCCUACCAUUAUUGAUUCAGAGGAUAAGAACAUUUAA